GCACGUAAAGUCGACAUUCCUAUUAUAUUCUUUGGUGACGGCGCCCCCGGUAACGGCGCCGGCGGAGCGGAUCCAUGCGAGGUGUACUGCACCGUGCCUGGCAGGACGAGCUUACUGAGUAGUACAACGAAGUACCGAGUAACGGUGGGCGAGAUUCAACGAAGAAUUAGUCCUCCUGAAUGCCUCAAUGCGUCACUACUUGGUGGUAUACUUCGCCGGGCUAAAUCUAAAGACGGUGGGAAAACGUUGCGCGACUCGUUGAGGAAAAUCGGACUAGCUCUUCCUGCUGGACGACGUAAGCAAGCGAAUGUCACCGCGUGGACAGCCCUUGUUGAAGGCCGUGCACAUGGCCAAGGAUUUGCGUUGGUUUGUGAAAAGGAGUUCCACGCUCGUGAGAUCGGUAUUUUCCUCACAAAGACCGGUCUAUCGAUUGAUCACGAUGUGAUGCAAAGACGAACCAUGCUUGAAAACAGCAAGAAAAUUGUCUCCGAGUUAUGCGAUCUCCUUUCCGCCGAUCGCACUCCGUUAACACCGUUUGUGACUCCGAUGAGACCUCUUGUCGCUUUGGAUCCUUCCAUCCAACAGCAUUUAAGUCACUACACUUUGAUGACUCAUGGCUUCGGUGGUGUGGCUAUGGUGGCGGUGCUCGAAUCAGUGAAAGCCAUGAUUGAUGAAAGCAUCAAGUAUUUGGAUCGGAACUGUUCACAACCGAUGUAUAUUCCGUAUAAUACCCGAUGA